AUGGCGGGACUUUCACAAGAAGAUCGCAACAUUAUCAAGAACCAUCCUCUAGCCAACCUAGUCGAUCCUUUACGAGACGCGCUUCAGGAAGCCAAAAGACAAUAUGAGUCUGAUGGCGCUGAUGAGAGCCAGGACCAGCUCUAUCGAAAUGCGAUUUCAAAACUCCUCUCUGCUUUACAGGGAGAGGAAGCGGCGCUCAAUAUGCGCUCACGAGCAAGCGAUGGAAAUGUGGCUUCUGAUAUAGCAAAUCUGUUUACGAGCCUUCAGCGGGCCAACUUCGGCUACAACCACUACAGCCGGCUGGUACAUCUGGUCAUCCAAAGGUUUCCCCCCACUGAAUCCCAGAACGUCGAAACCUGGAACUUCAACAUCUGGAACGCUGUCUUUGUUCUUAUUGACGCUGUCUCGCGAGGCACUCCCCCUCCUCCUUCUCAUCCUACAUCAUCGAUCCAACAGACGCCCUGGCUGCGCAACACUAACAGUUUCGUCAAUUCUACAGAAUAUCGAAAGCACGUUGACAUUGUGCUGAAGGAGGAGCUUGGAGAGAUACAUGUUGACAUCCCUAAAUUCUUUGACGCGUACUUUGGAGACAUUCCACAACUCACUGCAAUUUCACAAGCGGUGUUGAAAGAGUGUGAGAAGGGAGACAGCCCACUUUACUGUGAAGAGAAGGGCUGGAAAGGCUGGCCUGAACUUGCGGCAGAACGAGAUGUUCUGACAUGGCUGACUAACAUCAUUGCUGAGCUUGUACGAUUCGCCGAAGCACAAGAACUGUCAUGGAAGAUCGACCGCAGACCUCUCGCACAGCCAAGCCAGCCACUACAAGGGUCUGUCGCGGAGAGAAAGCUCGAUAUCGGCUUUGUCGAUGAUAUGACGGCCACAGAGGACUCCAGAUGCCGCUGGUCGCAGAUUCUUGUGCCAGGGGAGCUGAAGAACGACCCGAAAUACGACAGGAAAUCUGGAACAUGGUUUGAUCUUGGCAGGUACGCCCGAGAGGUCCUUGCUGCGCAGGACACCCGUUGUUUCGUGCUCGGGUUCACUCUCUGCGGGCCAUUCCUGCGACUAUGGAACUUUGACCGCCUGGGCGGGAUUGCGUCGGAGGAAUUCAACAUCAACCAGGACGGCCUUCAAUUUGUGUCUGUUAUCCUUGGAUUCCUCUUGAUGAGCCGGAAGCAACUUGGGUUUGAUCCCACCAUCAUCGCGACCGGGACCGAACGCUAUAUCGAGAUUGAAAAGAACGGUACGAAGGAACGGCUGAUUAUCGAUGGGAUUGUUGGACGAGCAUGCUGUGUUGCCGGGCGAGCCACAACCUGCUGGAAGGCAUAUUGUGAGACAGACAAAUCACGGACGCCGCUGGUUGUCAAGGACUCCUGGCAGUAUCCGGAACGCACUGAGGAAGGAGAGUUGCUGCGAGAGGCGAUGGCGAAGGGGGUCAAGAAUGUUGCGAGGUAUUAUCACCACGAGACCGUUCGCAUUGACGACAAGGAUGAUGAUGUCUUAGCUAUCCGAAAGGGCCUCAGUAUUCCGAUUUCGCAAGAUGAGAGGGGUGGCUUUAAGGCGACAGUGCAGCGUAGUAGGUCUCAAAGGGGACAAAAGAGCCAGAGCAGCACCGCCGGCCAGAAGCGAUCCUCUGACUGCGUGGAUACAGCAUUUCCUCCUCCCCCCAGUAAACGUUUCCAGUCAAGUUCUCCGUCCAAAUUUGCCGGCCGCUCUACCCCAUUCAAUCGAGUUCACCGCCGUGUCGUUAUCCGGGAUUAUGGGAAACCAAUCUAUGAGAGUAGCUCGAAGGCCACACUUCUCACUGGACUAGCCGGCUGCAUUGAAGGAUACAUGUCGCUCCAUGAUGAGGCUGGCCUCAUCCAAUGUGAUGUUUCCCCCCGCAAUCUGAUGGUGAAUGAGGACAAGGACAAUCCUUCAUGGCCUGCCUUUCUGAUCGACCUUGACCUGGCAAUCAAGGUACAACGGGAUGGGUCUUCCGGCGCACGGGGCAAGACUGGCACCAGGGCGUUCAUGGCCAUCGGUGUUUUGUACGGUGAAAAGCAUUGUUUCAUGCAUGAUCUAGAGUCGUUCUUCUGGGUCCUGUUCUGGAUAUGCAUUCACUAUGACGGCCGUGGCAAGGGGAGCAGUGUUGAAGAGUUUGAGAAAUGGAAUUAUAUGAAUACUGGAGAGCUGGCUCGCGCAAAAAAAGGAGUGAUAAGUGAUGAGGGUGAUUUUCUCAGACUUGCUGAAGACUAUUUCACGCCCUACUAUCAAUCGUUGAUCCCUUGCGUCAACCGGUUGCGGCGCCUUGUCUUUCCAGACGGCGGACGCAUGCAUUCGAGUAAGAGUGAGGAUGGACAUGAUUUUUUUCUAGGCUCCGUUGACAUUCCAACACCAGUUUCUUCCGAGCGUGACCCCGCACAACAGUUUAUGGAGGGUUGA